AUGACUUCCUCUGCCGAAACCGUUGACUCCACUCAAAACAUCCUCAAUGUUAACAUGUCCAAUGUGACAAAACUCAAUUCAAGCAACUACCUGAUGUGGAGCCUUCAGGUCCAUGCGCUCCUUGACGGCUACGAUCUGGCGGGAUACCUCGACGGAUCUACACCAACUCCUGCCGCUACUCUCACAACCAACGAAGUUGUCUCCACCAAUCCAGCCUACACCAAGUGGAAUCGCCAGGAUAAACUGAUUUUCAGUGGAAUCCUAGGUGCUAUAUCGCAGACCAUACAACCUAUGUUCUCCAAAUCCAAAACCUCUGCAGAGAUCUGGACAACUCUCACGUCCAUCUAUGCUAAGCCAAGUAGAGGACAUGUCAAACAACUCAAGCAACAAAUCAAACAGUUCUCAAAAGGCGACAAGACCAUUGAUGCUUACAUCCAUGGUCUAACCACCAGAUUUGAUCAACUCGCUCUUCUCGGGAAACCGAUUGAACAUGAAGAUCAGAUCGAGUUCAUCUUGGAAGGUCUACCAGACGACUACAAGCCAGUCGUUGAGCAAAUUGAAGGACGAGAUCUAGCUCCAUCUAUCGUCGAAGUUCAUGAGAAGCUUCUUACAAGAGAAGCAAAACUACUGGCUGCGUCCUCAUCCCUUGCUGUUACACCCAUCUCCGCCAACAUGGCCAACACUCGACCAAAGCAGUUUCACGGAAAGCAACCUCAGCAACAGCGCUCAGCUCCAACCUGGCAAAACACAUCAAACAGCAACUAUCAGCGACAAGAUGGUCAAGCACCCAGGGGAUACCAAGGACGAUGUCAGUUAUGUGGAGUUCAAGGCCACAGUGCGAAGCGAUGCCCACAGCUUCCCAACCAACCACCUCUCAUCCCUCGUGGCAUGAUGAAUCAAUCAUACAGACCAUGGCAGCCUCGUGCCAAUCUAGCCAUUGGUUCAUCUAGCCCUGCUGAUACAUAG